AGUAAGAAAUACCACUGUACUUAUUGCUCCAAGGGCUUCUCUCGCCCUUCAUCGUUACGAAUCCACACUUAUUCCCACACUGGUGAAAGGCCAUUUGAAUGUCCGGAAGAAGGAUGCAAUCGUAAAUUUAGUGUCCAAAGCAACAUGAGACGCCAUUUACGUGUUCAUCGUGGUGGUCGACCAGCCAGA